AUGGCCGAGGCUUCACUCGUCUUCCCGAUAUGCUGCCUCACCUUCUCGUUCAUCUUCGUCAUUUUGUUCUACAGCGCGUCCAUCAGGGAGCGUGCUGGCGCCCUGUGCCGCAACAUCAUCCUUCCCAUUUGCGCAUGGGUUGAACGCAAGCUCUCCACCCAAACCAACCAGGCGAUCGCCAUUUCCGAGCCCGCGUAUGAAGUGAUCAGCGACGAAAAAGACGAGGAGAUUGAAGAGGAGCCACAGCAGUCACCCGAGCGACCAUGGUUUUUCCCACGCUCUCAAAGUCGAUAUCGCGAAGCCUCAACCACGGAGAUUGCCAGUCCGUCCCCAUCCCCAAAGGCGCGCAACCCAAGUCAAACCCAACGACCCUCCGGCAUCGUGUUACUCGCUGAUGGAAUGCUGCCACCUCCCACCGCAAGCGAAUCUGACGAGGACGAGCCGGAAGGUGACCGAUCUCCUUCUUUGACCCUGUACACCCCCGACGAUUCCGAUGACGAUUGGGACAAUGACUCUUAUGGAUCGAAUAACGACAAUCGACCCUUAUCCGGAAGCAUGGGAUAUCGCCAGAGCAGCGGAAUCGACGACUUGCCUGAUGUUUGGCAAGCUGAGCUCCAGCAGCCUAUCUUUGCAAUCAACUCUGCUGGGACAUCGGCUUGGGUGGACCGGAUAGUUCGCUGGACGGCGCUGACUACUUUUGCUAGCGUUGCUCCCCCUGAUGUCCUGGAGGCCAUGGAUGAGCGGAUGGCUGCAGCUGUCACGAGCUUGGCGGCGGGCAUGGGUGCUCUUUGA